AAAGACAAACUUUGGAAACCAAAACAGUCCGAGGAGAGAACAAUCACGGAAACAGUUCAGAAUGGCUACAGUGGGAGUGAAUGUGAUUGAGACAGCGGCUCUAGGGAGACCCUUCCAGCUGGGGAUGCUGUAUGACUGCAGGAAAGAUGCUCUAAUACCAGGCAUCACACUGUGGGAUCAAGAAAAGCUACAGCAGAGUCUACGAGUCCGUCCCCAAAUUAACAAAAAUUUCAAAGUCACGGCUUCAGACUCCAUUCAAGACAAAUCAGCCUUACUGAAAAUUGACGGCUCUCUGAAACUGAGUGUUUUAGGUGGACUCGUCAAUGUCACAGGAGCAGCCAAAUAUCUCAACGACACCAAGAAGUCCUUCAAACAGCAGAGACUGACGCUACAUUAUCAUUCAACCAGCAGGGUUGAAGAUCUGAGCAUGAACCACUUGAGACCUGCAAAUAUAGUUCAUCAUGAGGUGCUUGAUAAUGACGCAGCGACACACGUGGUGACAGCAGUGCUGUAUGGAGCAGACGCCUGCUUUGUGUUUGAUAGAGAAGUUUCCUCUGAUGAGGAAAUAAAGACAGUAGAAGGAGAAGCAAGAGUGGCCUUGGAGAAGCUCAAAUUAAUUUCAGUAGACGUAAACAGCAAUCUGAAUAUGAAUUACACUCAAAAGGAAGCAGUCCAAAAAUUCACAUGUAAGUUUUAUGGCGACUUCCAGCUACCUUCUAACCCGACCUCUUUUGAAUAUGCGUUGAAGGUUUUCACUGAUCUUCCAAAACUACUGGGAGGAAAGAAAGAGCUGGCGGUUCCUCUGAGAGUUUGGCUUUUUCCUCUGGACAAACUUCUCUCAAAAGCUUCCAAACUUCAUAAGGACAUCAGCAUGGAUCUAAUCAUUAAAACUGAAUCAGUGAUUGAGUGUUUAAAUACAACUGAGAUGAAAUGCAAUGACCUUCUGAAAGAUUUGCCUGCCUUGACUUUUACUGCAUUUCAUGAUAAAAUCCUGCAAAUGAAGCAAAACUGCGACAUGUAUAAACUGAGACUCAUGAAGAAACUCGGCUCUCUGCUGCCAAACAUCUGUGGAGACGUGAAGAAGGAAACUGACCUGAAUGAUCUUCUGGAAGAACAUGAUGAAUCUCCAUUCAGAGGACGAGACCUGGCAGAAUGGCUGAAAGAGAGAGAAAGAGAGUCUGAUGUCAUUAAACUAAUGCUCAGACAGCUGAGAAUGGCUGGUGCACAGGUAGAAGACAACAUAGAUCUGAUUCCGAUGAAUCUGACAGUUGGAAAUGUGGUCUGUUACACAUUCACAUCACUGAACUGCUCAGACAUGCAGCUUCUUCAACAAAAGGCCUAUCUGAGUCCUUCAACAAAAGGAAAAACUGAUGAGAACAGCCCUGAUCCAGAGCAGAAGUCUUGGCUCACUCCUGAGAUCCAAAAGACCAUGAGGAACAACUUGAAGAUAUUUAAGAUAUUUAACUUGAUUGAUUCAAAAGACCGUAAACCAGCCAAGUACAUUGUGUCCUCAAAGGAAAUGAAGAAUAAUCCAGGUUCCUGCAUUCUGCUGUAUGAAAGUGAAUGUGAUGAAGCCGUUUGCUUUAUUCCUCCAUCCAAACCAGCCUGUCCAAUCACUGAAGAGAUCAAAGAUAAUAGUGUGGUUCUGACGGUUCCUCCAUCAUGUCCUGAAACAGUGGAGCUCAGAUUACUGUAUAAACUGAAGCAGGGCACAGUCUGGUCAUCUAAACCUGUGCUGAAGGAUCAACUCACAGUUACUCUGACUGAUCUGAGAGAAGAAGCUGAGUAUGAGAUCAGAUGUGCAGCGCUGGGGAAACUCAACUACACCGUAUACAGUGACGUCACUGAAGUUGUCACAGAGGGAAAGGGCAGUUUGAUUACUGGUGAGUCAUAUAUUUUUCCUGCCCAUCUUUUCUUUUUUCUUAUUACAUUUUACAUUGACUUCAAAGGAGAGGGUCACUCGAUCCCUAUUACUACCUCCGAGAGUUGUUGGUCUCCAGGACCUCAUCAAUCUUUUCAGUUAUCAGAGACGUUCAAACUGAGACUGAUGGAGGAGUUUCGGUAUCUGAAUGAAGAAAUAUCACCUGGUCAAAGACAACUACUGAAUGAUGUCUUCAUUGAGCGGCACAUCACAGAGGAACCAGAUUCUCACAUCAAUAAUAAUAAAGAAAUCAUAAGCAACAACAUUUUCAAACUCAGGACAGUUUUGAUGAAGGGUGAAGCUGGCAUUGGUAAAACUGUGGCUGUGCAGAAGUUUAUCCUGGACUGGGCUGAAGAGAAAUCAAACCAUGACAUCGAAUAUAUAUUUCCAAUCCCUUUCCAGAAGCUGAACAUCAUCAGAGAGAUGGGGAAGGAGUGCAGCUUCAUGGAGCUUCUGAAGCGAUGCUGUGAAAACACUGAACAUCUGAACCCUGAGUCUAGGAUCAUGCUGAUCUUUGAUGGACUAAAUGAGUUUAAAGUUCCUCUAGAUUUCCAAACCACAAAGAAGAUUGAAGAUCCCAACAAACCAGCCUCAGUCUGUGAUCUACUGACAAACCUCAUCAUGGGAAAUCUGCUUCCAAGCGCUCGUAUCUGGAUCACCAGCAGACCGGCAGCAGCCAAUCAGAUUCCUGCAGGGUUUAUUGAUCGUGUGACAGAGAUCCAGGGCUUUAAUGAUGAACAGAAGGAGGAGUAUUUCAGAAAGAGCAUUAGUGACCAGAGUAUGGCCAAUAAGGUCAUCAGUCACAUCCAGAAAUCUCCACGCAUCAACAGCAUGUGUUAUUCACCAGAUUACUGCAGAAUCAUCGCAGCGAUUCCAGAGGAAAUGUUCAGAACAGACGAGACGGGUUCAGAUUUCCCCAAGACUCUCACUCAGAUGUACAGCAAACUCCUGUUAGCUCAGACUGAACUGAAUCCAGAGAGAAGAGAGACCAUCAUCGCUCUGGGGAAAAUAGCCUUUGACCUGCUGGUAAAGGCCAACUCUCUCUUCUGUGAUGAAGAUUAUGAACUCAGUGCUGAACGUGUUAAAGCAAGCUCAUCAAUCAUAAAAGUGAUAGAUGAAAAAAGAAAGUCCUUCUGUUUCAUGAAUCACAGAACACAGGAGUUUCUGGCAGCUUUGUAUGCGACGGAUGUCAUUAAUGGAGGAAACCCACUCCAGCUCAGAGAUCUCUCCAGUCUGAAACUUGAGUUCGGAGAGCAGAGCUUCACAGACUAUAACUCACUCCAGAACGUGAUGAACAUCGCUUUACAAAAACAGAUGGACCUCUUCUUCUGCUUCUUACUGGGUUUGAAACUGGAGUCCAGUCAGAUUGCUUUAAAAGAGCUCCUGACACAGAGAAGCAGCAGCUCUUCAUCCAGUCAAGAAAUAAUUCAACACAUCAAAACUAUGAUCAUGAAUUCCUCUUCAGAAACUGCAGUGGAAAGCAGUCUCCUGUUGGACUGUUUGAAAGAGCUGGAUGACCGUUAUCUAAUCCAGGAGAUAAAGAGACAGCUGAAAUCUGGACUCAGACUCUCUCCUGAUGAGUUCUCAGCUCUGAUGACUGUGCUGCUGAACUCAGAAGAGAAGCGGGAUGAGAUUAAAAAUCACCAAUCAGAAGAACUGAAGCCUCGACCAGUGCUCAAAACAUCUGGAGAACAUGAGUUGAGAUCUUGUGAUAUCAGUGAUGGAGGUUGUGCUGAUCUGAGUUCAGCUCUGAGAUCAAACCCGUCUCUGAGAGAGCUGGACCUGAGUGAGAAUAACAUCACAGAAUCAGAAGUGAAACAGCUUUCAGCUCUACUGAAACAUCCUCAGUGUAAACUGGAGAAACUGAGGUUGAGAUCUUGUGAUAUCAGUGAUGGAGGUUGUGCUGAUCUGAGUUCAGCUCUGAGAUCAAACCUGUCUCAUCUGAGAGAGCUGGACCUGAGUGAGAAUGACAUUAAAGAAUCAGGAGUGAAGCAGCUUUCAGCUCUACUGGAGGAUCCUCAGUGUAAACUGGAGAAACUGGGGUUGAGAUCUUGUCAUAUCAGUGACAGAGGUUGUGCUUAUCUGAGUUCAGUUCUGAGAUCAAACCCGUCUCUGAGAGAGCUGGACCUGAGUGGGAAUUACAUUAAUGAAUUGGGAGUGAAGAUUCUUUCAGAUCUACUGGCAGAUCCUCAGUGUAAACUGGAGAAAUUGGGGUUGAGAUCUUGUCGUAUCACUGAUUAUGGUUGUACUGUUCUGAGUUCAGCUCUGAGAUCAAACCCGUCUCUGAGAAAGCUGGACCUGAGUGGGAAUGCCUUUACAUAUUCAGGAGUGAAGCAGAUUUCAGAUCUACUGAAACAUCCUCAGUGUAAACUGGAGAAACUGAAGUUGAGAUCUUGUCGUAUCAGUGAUGGAGGUUGUGCUGUUCUGAGUUCAGCUCUGAGAUCAAACCCGUCUCUGAGAGAGCUGGACCUGAGUGAGAAUAACAUUACAGAUUCAGGAGUGAAGCAGUUUUCAGAUCUACUGAAACAUCCUCAGUGUAAACUGGAGAAACUGGAGUUGAGAUCUUGUUAUAUCAGUAACAGAGGUUGUGCUGAUCUGAGUUCAGCUCUGAGAUCAAACCCGUCUCAUCUGAGAGAGCUGGACCUGAGUGAGAAUGGCAUUACAGAUUUAGGAAUAAAGCAGCUUUCAGAUCUAGUGGAAGAUCCUCUGUAUAAACUGGAGAAAUUGGGGUUGAGAUCUUGUGAUAUCAGUUAUGGAGGUUGUGCUGAUCUGAGUUCAGCUCUGAGAUUAAACCCGUCUCAUCUGAGAGAGCUGGACCUGAGUGAGAAUUACUUUAGAGAUUCAGGAGUGAAGCAACUUUCACAUAUACUGAAGGAUCAGUGUAAACUGGGGAAACUAGUGAGUGCCAUUAUUCUGCUGCUGUGUGGUUGUUUAAUAAAAAACUCAAGGGAUGUCAAGAACAGAUUUAUUUUUCAUGAAAAACAAGUGACAACACCCAAUUCUUAG